AUGGGCGUGCGGUCUAGGAACCGGCAGUCCAGCAUGCUAGGCGUCACGAGGAAGAACUUCGCAAGGGUCGAGGGCCUGCUCAAGCCGUUAACGGCGCCGAGGCUCGAGGCGGCGAGGGACGAGCUCGAGGCCACGGGCAAGACUAGCGACGACGGGGUGAAGGGGCUCCUCCGGUCCCUCUCCGUGCUCGGCUAUCGGCAACCAAUGUCGAGGGAGAGCCGCCUUAGCAUGCGGAGGAAGAUACUGUCUCUUAUCGUGAGACACGGGGUGCCGGCCAUCUGGUUCACGCUGAACCCGAACGACAUUACGAACCUGGUAAAGUUACGGCUGGCGGCGCACCGUGCCCGCGACCCCGAUGAGGCCGAGGCCUUCCUUAGAGACCUGGGGACCGCGUAUAAUCGGACGCGGCUGGCCAUAUCGGACCCGAUGAACUCGACCAUCUUCUUCCACCGGGAGAUGACGCUCUUCUUCGAGCACUACGUCAACAUCGGGGAGGAGUCGGUGUUCGGGCACGUCGGCGCGUACUACGGCGCGGUAGAGACUAACGAGCGAGGCGCCCUCCACAUCCACGGGCUCCUCUGGCUCAAAGGCAACGCGGGUCUCGGCGAGGCGCUGGCCGGCCCCGAUACGGAGGAGCAGGCGGCGUACCGGGAGCGCAUCGUCCGCUACGUAGACAGCGUCUUCUCCGAGGAGCUAGACGCAGAAGGUUACUGCGCCGUGCAGGCGGAGCGGUCGGCCACGGCGGACAUAUCGUCGCGGCUUGAUGACGUCGCGCGCUUCACGGACACCUUCGACGAGGAGGCCAAUUUCUGCGCGGGCGCGACGCAGAUCCACACGCAUAGCGCGACCUGCAUCCGGCGGACGCAUAGCAUGGUGAACCGGUGGAACAGGGCGAUGGCAGUAGGGCUGCGGCAUAACCACGACAUCUCGUUUAUCGCGACGCAGCGCAAGACCAUGGCCCUAAUCUACUACAUCACGAACUAUGCGACAAAGGUCGAGGGCCCGGUGUGGAAGCGGGUGGUCGCCGCGGCCGAGUUCCUUCCUGCGCUAGAGCCGACGGGAGAAGGCAACAGAAGUGGCGCCGACGGCGACGCCGGCCGGGGGGGCGGGGCGGAAGGGGUAGCGACGGUAGACGCCGUAGGGGGGAAUAAGACGAGGGCGUUUUUACUAAGGGCAGCGAACCGAGUCUUCACGGAGCGGCCGCUGUCGCAGUUCGAGGUGGUGGCGCACCCCCUAGGGUACCCGAUCGAGUUUAGCAGCGGCGCGGCGUGGGCGUACGUCAACGUGAACCAGCUCUACUGGGCCGCCGUCUUCCGCCGGUGGCGGCACCUCCGACGGGCGAGCGGCGCAGAGGCGACGGGCGACGCGCCGGACGAGACGGCGAGCGUGCGCCUCGACGGAUUCCUAAGCAAGGAGUUUGGCGAGGAAGACGAGGAGUCGUGCCACCGGAGGGCGGCGGUGCAGCACCUGGCCCUGUUCGUGCCGUGGGAGUCCUUCGUCGGCGUAGACGCGGGCGACAUUAACGACGUCUGGGCGCGGGCGCGGGGGUCGCCCGGCUCGUGGACAACGUGGCGGUCGGCAGAGGACGCGAAGCGCGAUGCCAAGCAGUGGGCUGCCACGUCGGCCGCCACAUCGGAGGAAGGCAAGACGGCGGCGGCGCAGGCCGAGGGCGAGGGCGGCGAAGGGGCGUACAGUGCCGGCGGAGCGGGCGACGCGCGCGGCUCAUCGACGUCGUCCGGAACGCCGCCAGCGCGGGACAGGUAA